UCUCGGAGCAGGAAUUUUGGGGAGUGGAAAUUCCGCUGUUACUUUAACGACUCGUCUAGUAUUCCUGACAUUUCUGCUGUAGCGGUCAUUCGCUGCGAACGGAGAGGAAACGGAACAGAAAAAAGGAGUAAAAGACUCGCAGAAAGGCACUCCAAUGGCCCUCACGGCUGUUUUUUUCCCACUUACUACCGAUUAACUAGUGGUUUCAACAUCUAAUUUAUAAUUUUCUUUUUUAUUCCCCACUUGGAAGCAUGUUUAUCGUUCUUGCUGGGUAUUAGAAGUGUGAGGUCUGAGGAGGAAAUCAGGGCGCACAGCUACCACUUUUGGGAGAUGACAAGUUCCCUGUCAGACGCAGGGCUCUGGUGCUGAAGCUCACAGGAUGCUGGGGACCAUACAACCACCAGAUCUCAUACUUUGAGACAAUAUCGGUUAUUUCUCCUCUGUGGACGCAAACUGUGUGGACGCUUCUUCCCGUUGUUUCUUCUGUUUCUUUUUUAUUUUACAAAAUAUGGUGUGCCAUUUUAUAAGGAUGCGUAGUGGAUUGCUAUUGUUCCUUCUCACCCAAGUCAUCUUGGUGUCUUCGUUGGCUCAGACUGAUAAAUGCGGGGGGAACAUAGAGAUACAUGACGCGGACUACCUGACCUCCCCGGGUUAUCCCGGCGCCUACCCGCCCUCCCAGCAGUGUGUGUGGGUGAUAACCGCCCCUGAAACGGGUCAGAAGAUUCUCAUCAACUUCAAUCCGCAUUUUGAUCUGGAGGACAGAGAUUGCAAGUAUGACUAUGUGGAAGUUUACAACGGCGGCGAUGAGUAUUCGCCCAUGUUGGGAAAGUUUUGUGGGAAAAUCGCACCGUCUCCGAUCAUCUCCAGCGGCGGCCAGCUCCUCAUCAAGUUUGUCUCCGACUAUGAGACUCACGGGGCUGGAUUCUCUGUCCGCUACGAGGUCUUCAAGACAGGUCCAGAGUGUUCCAGGAACUUCACGGCUCCCAGAGGUGUCAUCAAGACCCCAGGCUUCCCAGAAAAGUACCCCAAUAACCUGGACUGCACCUUCAUGAUUUUCGCCCCAAAGAUGUCAGAGAUCGUGGUGGAGUUCGACAGCUUCGACAUGGAGCCUGACACCACGCCGCCACCAGGCGCGCUGUGCCGAUACGACUGGCUGGAGAUCUGGGACGGCUUCCCUGCAGUGGGUCCUCACAUCGGCAGAUACUGUGGCCAGACGUCCCCGGGCCGAGUGAUCUCCUACACAGGAAUCCUGUCUAUGACCAUCACCACUGACAAUGCUAUCGCCAAAGAGGGGUUCUCUGCCAACUACACCAUCCGUGAGUGGAGCCUCCCACCUGGACAUGAAGAUGAGGAUUUUGCGUGUAUGGAGCCGCUGGGCAUGGAGUCUGGGGAAAUUUCAUCAGACCAGAUCACCGCCUCUUCCCAGUAUAACUCCAACUGGUCCCCCGAACGCUCCCGUCUCAACUACCAGGAGAAUGGCUGGACGCCUUCAGACGAUACCAUCAGAGAAUGGAUACAGGUGGACUUGGGGUUUCUCCGAUUUGUUACAGCCAUCGGGACACAGGGAGCAAUCUCAAAAGAGACCAGGAAGCACUACUACGUCCGCUCAUACAAAGUAGAUCUAAGCUCUAACGGAGAGGACUGGGUCACGGUGAAGGAAGGCUCAAAACAGAAGAUCUUUCAGGGGAACCACAACCCUACAGAAGAAGUCCGUGCCGUCCUCCCCAAACAGACUCUGACUCGCUACAUUCGUAUCCGUCCCAUGUCCUGGGAGCAGGGAAUCUGCAUGCGCUUUGAGAUCUAUGGCUGCAGAACAUCAGACUACCCAUGUUCAGGGAUGUUGGGGAUGGUGUCGGGCCAGAUCUCAGAUGCUCAGAUCAGCGCCUCUUCCUACACAGAUCGGGGAUGGGUGGCCGAGAAUGCCCGGUUAUUGACGGGGCGGUCUGGGUGGACUGGGCAGCAGACCAAGCAGCCCUUUAAGAAUGAGUGGCUCCAGGUGGAUCUGGGUCAGGACAAGAUGGUGAGUGGAGUGGUGAUCCAGGGAGGGAAACACCGCGACCGCAACGUCUUCAUGAAGAGGUUCAAGGUGGGCCACAGCCUGGACGGUGAAGAAUGGACCAUUAUCAAGGAGGAGAACACGACCAGACCCAAGAUAUUUAUCGGGAAUCAGAACCAUGAAACCCCAGAGUUGAGAUCAGUUGGUCCACUUUUGACUCGCUUUGUCAGAAUCUACCCAGAGAGAGCCACUACUGAGGGCGUGGGCCUCCGUCUGGAGCUGCUGGGCUGCGAACUAGAAGAAAUAACUACCACAGCGCCUCCCACCACCCCACUCGCCUCCACACUUUCCCUCACCACGUUUGGUGCAACCACCACAGCGCCGACCACAGCCCCUGGCACGACUCUGAGUACAGGCUGCGAGGAUGGACAACUGGACUGUGACGAUGAAACUGAAGCGCCUGAUGACUACGACCCAGAAACAGGAGGCACGAUGUUCAUCAACCCUACUGUGGACUUACCAGCUUAUCUGUGGUUCGCCUGUAAUUUUGACUUCUCGUCAUUCUGUGGUUGGACCAAAGAGACCGGUUCAGGAGCCGAGUGGUUCAUCCAGACCAGCGGGGUUCCGAUGGUCCACAGAGGGCCAAUCCUCGACCACACAGGCGGACCGGGGAACUUCAUCUACAUGCAGCUGAUUGAAGCAGAUGCUCCGAGUAAAAAUGGCGAAGGCAGAGAUGAAGAGGAGAAAAUGGCCAGGCUGACCAGCCUGCCCAUCACCUCACCAGACGCCAACCUGUGCAUGUCCUUCUGGUACCACAUGUUUGGCGAGCACGUGGGGACACUUCACAUAAAACACAGGAAGGAGCCAGAGGAAGAGCAGAUCCUGUGGAUAGUCAGUGGCCAUCAGGGCAGCCAGUGGAAGGAGGGGCGAGUUCUGCUGCCCCGUUCCAGCACCUCCUAUCAGGUGGUUGUGGAAGGCGUCGCAGAUGGACGCAGCACAGGUCACAUUGCUGUGGACAACAUCCAGAUCAUAGAUGGACUCAAUGCUGAGGACUGCAAGGAUCCAGAAACGCCUACGUCUCCACCGACUGAGAUCUUCAUGCUGCCUAUAGACUCCAUCCCUCCAAACACAAACGAACUCGGCAGCCCAGGCAACAUGCUGAAGACCCUGGACCCCAUCCUCAUCACCAUCAUUGCCAUGUCUGCGCUGGGCGUCUUCCUGGGCGCCAUCUGCGGCGUCGUCCUGUACUGCGCCUGCUCACAAGGCAGCAUGACAGACAGGAACUUAUCCGCCCUGGAAAAUUAUAACUUUGAGCUGGUGGAUGGCGUGAAGCUAAAGAAGGACAAGAUGAACGGACAGACUAAUAAUUACUCAGAGGCGUGAGCGAGAAACGAAGGGACGGAGCCGCAAACGCUCCGCCGGUGGACACAUCAAUGCAGCCAAUCAAGUGAGAGGAACACGGGGGGCUGAAGCCACCAAUGGGACGGCAGGAUGGGCUGACAGUGAGCCGAUGUAAUUUUAUUUCUCAGGAGCGGCAGUGGAAAGGACUGACCUGUAGGGGGCACUGUGUAUAAAGAAUCUGUACAGCAAAAAAAAAAAAAAGAAGAAGAAAUCUUAGGAUUCUCUUUGUUUUUUGGCGUGCUUUGUUGAUUUCAUGUAAUCACAUGCUGGUGUUGAGACCAAUUCAGAUGAAAGUAUUGUUUGUGUACUUUUAUGGAAAGAUAAGAUUUGACGUUUAUUGUUUCUUUUCUCUGUUGUUUUUCUUGUCUUUUCCUUCAGAUGCCCUUGUUACACAGAAAGAGAAAUUUUAUGUGAAAUUUAACAUCUGGCUCUUAAGCUGGCCAUACGUCUGAGUGAGUGUGUGAAAGUAUGUACACAUCUGCAUCUAAGGCAUGUGUAUGUGUGCAUUACACUCAUGUUUAUCUGUGCACAUGAAGUGCAAGCAUCUGUAUGCGUGUUUGAGUGUGUGAGAUGGUGUGUGUCUGUGAAGCAGGCACCACCCAGGCCCGUUGCCCUUCAUCCAGCUCCAACAGUGCCUUUUUUUUCCUCCAGUUUUCUGUUGCCUUUUUUUCUGCUGGUUGUUUUCCCAUCGGCUGGCGCUUUGUCCAGGGUUCCUACACAGACGUGUGGAAAAACCUUUGCAAGACUGUGAUCACAAAACUUAAAAUUUUUAAAAAAGCUGUAGUGUACCAUUACUUGGCUUUCCACACUUGUUGGUGUACAUCUGUAGAUCCUCAUGCCUUGUUGACGAUCAUACCGACACAGACUGAACUGCUGAAUUCCAAGCAGAAAAUGUGUAGGAGCCCUGAAUGCCUCAUUUUCACGGCACAUGAUACAUCUAACAUAUUGUACAUAGCUUUUAAUAUAUUUGAGGGCCCUUUUCUAUAGAAAAAGACACCAGUGCUGCAGUAUCCUUUCUACAUCUGAACUAACUCAUAAUGCCUCAAGAGAAGUGCUGAUUUUUUUCAAUACAGGGUAAAACAGAGAACCUCAGCACCACUAAGGAGGAAAUAUUGAUUACAAUCAUGGAUCAGAGCUCCUCUCUGACACGUAAAGUGACUAUUAAACCUUUGGCGUGUCAGUCUGGGAGUUAUCAGAAGGACUUUGAGCAUCUCUCUUGGGGAUUUUUUAUCAGGCUUACAGGAUAUAGAGGUAUCAGGACGGAGUCUGACCACAAAUUAUGGUUUGCUGUGACGAUGCUGUACUGUUUGACUCUGAGAGGAGAAACAUUGGAGGGAUCUGUCAUGGAGGUAAAUGCAAAAGAAACUCACAGCAGAAAUACAAAUGAUAUAUUCCACAUUUCUUUCCCCAUAUAAGUCUGUCUUGAAUAUGUUUUUUUUUCUGUAAGAUUCACUGACUUAAUAGUUUGUUUUGACUGCUGCAGAUCAAGUAAACAUUAAUUUGAUAUAUGAAUUUUCAGUAUAAAUAUUAAAGGUGCAGUGUGUAACAACUUCAAAGGUCAAAAAACCUUUAAGAUAUAUAUAUAUUUAAAAGAAAAAAACUUUUCUAGUUUCUAUUGGUAUCUAAACACUUACUAAAAAAACUGUUAUGUUUUUAUUAUCCUAGAAUAAGCCAUUUAUAUAUACCUGCCAUGAGUCCACAUACAUGGAAGCCACCAUAUUUGUGCUACCAUUUUUCUACAGUGUCUCUGAAUGGACAAAGAACUGUGUGUGUAAAGUGAGAACCCUCUGAGCUUUAAAACAGCAGUACUGAUUUUGUUUGAUCGGUGUUAGAGGACCGUUUGGGAUAAGUAGCAUUUUAAAAGGCACAUGGAAGAAGAGAGUACACAUGUACAUGUACAUGUACAAUGUUAAAGUAGCUACAUGUAUGAAAACGUUUAUGUCUGGCCACAGACGGCCACUGUCUAUUCACAACUGUGAUUAUCAUUUAAAGUCAUCACUAUGCUCAUGUUAACCACUAGAUGCCAGUCAUUCUUACACACUGUACCUUUAAAUUUUUAUUCCUGACCUGCAUUUUCCUCAUUUCAUUUUAUUUCAGGGCAUUUUUUCUUUUCUGUUCAUGUUAAACCAUUUUAGAAAACAGGUGAUCUUGAAGAGAAUGUUUUUCUGACCCAAAUAAUGCACAACUUUCUUAUGUUGUUUUUUUUUUCCUUUUCUUUUUUGAUAGCCUGUGAUACUGGUAACUCAAAUAUAGAGCACCUUAUAGAUGGGCCAACUGAGUCUUGGAAGGUAGGGAUUGUAAAAAAAAACAAAAACAAAUGAUCACCUUCAUUCAUGUCUAUGUAUGCAUGUUAGAACAUGGUUUCCGGAAUGUUUAGGGCAAGAUGAAACACUUUUCUGGUGGUUUCUGGUCUAAACUCGCAAUCAGCUAAAGGGAAUUGUUGGGCUCAUUUAAUCCUUUUUCUCCUGCUUCACAGCUAGUUUUGUUUCUCUUCUUCCUCAAAGCUUCAUGACCAUGACUAUUUAUCGCAGCCAUGCUUACAGAAACAAGUUGGUUCUGUUAAAUCUGUUAAUAAAACAGCUUGAACCACAUUUUUACAAAUUUAAGAUUUGCUUUAAGAUUUACUUAUUUGGCCAAUGACGACUAAUUAGCUUUUCCCUGAGUUCUCACUUCCUCCCAUAAUGUCCUCCUGUGUUUCUUUGCUGAAUCAGCCACUAUGCAUGUCCAAAAUGGCCAGUGAGUUGAUAUCCAGUUGCUGGCGUGUGUCGUAAAGCAAAACUUUACUGCACACAGCUGUUAUGUGAUGCCCCAGUUUCUCAGCCUUGGAAUGCUGCAGGGCAAAGACGGCUGAAGGAAUGUGCAUAAUUAGUGUCGGUGUGCCAUCAAAAUGAGUCAGAAACCCAGACUGCUUUAACAUUUUAACAACUUAGUUUGUUGCAACAGAUGGUUUAUGUGCGUAACUAUGACCGUUGCUGCUUUAUUCUUCUUUAAUUGAGGCAAAGUUUAGCUAGUUUGUUUCCUAUAUUACUGCACUGUGUGCAUCAGAUCUGUCCAUUUUUAAUGUAGCACUAUCUUGCAUCGCUCAUUUCAAAUUGUAAGAAGAGAGAGCAAGUUUAUAAAAGAUGUCUUUAAAAAGUGAGUUUUCUCCCCUCUUGUUCAUGACUGUCUGGUUUUUCUAACUUUUCCAUUUAGAUCAGCUUAUCUGGCUGUUUGGAUGCUCCUCUCUUUGUUUUUUUCUGUAAAAAAGUUCAUUUCAUACAUUUUUACUGCAAAAUAACCAGUGGGCCUGGAAGAACGCAGCAGCCAGACGUUAACAAGGCUCCUCCAACUUGAAACGAGAAAGGAUGCUGCAGCACUCGACAUGAAAACAAAUGUUGCACUGAUAUAUUUAAAACAAAAAAAAUCUAUGUGUUUAUAAUCUUGGUUUAUGAAAAGAGAGGAGGGAGGAGGGAGAUUAGAGGGCAGUGUUGUUGCUUCUUUUUAACAUGGUUUCAGAUGACAGUGUUAUAAUUCUGAAAUGUACAAUUUACAGAGAUGAUUUUCAUUCUCGAAAAAGCUUAUAUGCAUCUCUUCGAAGCGUAACAGUUUUAUUUACUUGGUAUAAUAUCACCUUGUGUUUUUGUACUGUCACUGAUGUACGUGCCAUUGGUUAGAUUUUUUUGUUUUCUUUGUAUGACAAGAAAAAAAAUGUUUUAUUUUCUGUACUGUUCUGUAAUUUUGCUGUCUCAAAAGAAGAAAAAAGGAGACAAGGAAGUAAAAAGAAUUGGAAAGCAGUGAGGCCUUAUGUGACUAAAAGUAUUGUUUGUACUUUGACUUUCGGGUCAGCACCCAGACUCAUCCGUCUCUGUUGUCUCAGACUCUCAUCACUGACUAUUACAUUCCAAAGAAUUGGGUCAAAUAAAUGUUUUAAGUAAAA